GGUAUAGCUCUACGUAGAGGUCCUGCUUCACUAUGCCUGAGCCUGCGAAGUCCGCUCCCGCCCCGAAGAAGGGCUCCAAGAAGGCCGUCACCAAGGCCCAGAAGAAGGACGGCAAGAAGCGCAAGCGCAGCCGCAAGGAGAGCUACUCGGUGUACGUCUACAAGGUGCUGAAGCAAGUGCACCCCGACACCGGUAUCUCCUCCAAGGCCAUGGGCAUCAUGAACUCGUUCGUGAACGACAUCUUCGAGCGCAUCGCGAGCGAGGCGUCCCGCCUGGCGCAUUACAACAAGCGCUCGACCAUCACGUCCCGGGAGAUCCAGACGGCCGUGCGCCUGCUGCUGCCCGGGGAGCUGGCCAAGCACGCGGUGUCGGAGGGCACCAAGGCCGUCACCAAGUACACCAGCUCCAAGUGAGCGCUCCAGGCUGACACCAAAUCCAAAGGCUCUUUUCAGAGCCACGCA